AGACACAAUAGUCGUUUGUCAGGUGUGAGAAGACCUCCCCCAACCCCCGAUUCCCCAAAUGGAGGCGGCCGCAUCAUCACCGUCGCCGGAGCAGCCGCUGCUGGUACCGCCGCAAGCAGGCGCCGGCGCCGGCGCGGGGCUCGGGAACCAGCCCGCCACGCCCCCGCCCACGGCGGCGGCGAGGCCUAGCCGCCUCGCGGCGCUCAUCGGGCGCGCGGCGGGGCGGCGCGGGCCGUCGAUGCUAGUGCGCGAGACGGCGGCGCUGCAGCUCGACCGGAGGCGCGCCGACUGGGCCCACUCCCGCCCCGUCGUCGCGCUCGACGUAGCCUGGAACGUCGCCUUCGCGGCGGCCGCGGCGGCGGUGCUCGCGGCCUCCACCGCCGAGAGCCCCGGCAAGCCGCUCCGCCUCUGGCUCGUCGGCUACGCCCUGCAGUGCGUCGUGCACGUCUCCCUCGUCUGCUCCGGCUCACGCCGCCGCCCCGCCGCCCCCGCGCGAGGCCCCGACAUCGAGUCCGGAGCCGCCACCGCCGGGGCCAACAGCUCAGAGAGCGACGAGGGGAACGACGAGGAGGCCAUGGAAGAGAGGGCAAGCUCCACGGACCGUUGCGAGUCGGUCAACACCAUGGUGUCAUUCCUGUGGUGGAUCAUUGGGUUCUACUGGGUGGUGACCGGCGGCGAUGUGCUCGAACAAGGUGCUCCAAGGCUGUAUUGGUUAACUGUAGUUUUUCUCGCGUUUGAUGUCUUCUUCGCUGUUUUCUGUGUUGUUGUGGCCUGCUUCAUUGGUGUUGCACUGUGCUGCUGCUUGCCUUGCGUCGUCGCAAUACUAUAUGCUCUGGUUGGCCAGGAGGGUGCAUCAGAUGCAGAUAUUGGUGUUCUCCCCAGAUAUAAAUAUUCUGAUCCCAGUGAGAAUGGAGAAAAAGGAACAGACGAGGGGGUUAUGAUUCCUAUCCUUAAUAAUAGUGGAACAUCAACAAGCGAACGAAUUCUUCUUCGUGAGGAUGCUGAAUGCUGCAUAUGUCUCUCAUCAUACGAAGACGGAGUGGAGCUAUCUGCCCUCCCUUGCAACCAUCACUUCCACUCAAUGUGCAUCACGAAAUGGCUACGAAUGCACGCAAACUGUCCGCUUUGCAAGUACAACAUUCUCAAAGGCAGUGAAAACUGAAGGCUCGCCGAGGACUUACACUGACGUAACUUUUCAUACUCAAGGUCUGUAUGCAUGAACAUCCUGGAGCAAGCGGCAAGUGAGAAGCCUUGUGAUUCCCGUCUGUUUGUAAACUGAUGAUAUCAACGAGAGCCUGGUUGUAAACUGAAUGAUAUCAAUGAGAGUUCUGUGAGGAUUGGCUGUGCUUUCUGUUUAGGAUGUGAGCGUGUACAAGUGUACAUGAAUGAACAUUAACAUAAAGUGUGCUCUGUAUAAGAAGGUCACAAAAUAGCUUAACGUUUGGUUAUGGACUCACUUUAUGCAAAAUUAUUACCUGGA